AGCUGGGAGCUGGUCCCUGUGUUCAUGGCUCCAGCCCUGUGCCGGAGCUGCCGCAGCGCCAUGCCAGUGCCAGCCUGGGCGAGUGAAGUCUGCGAGGGGCUUGGUCCGUCUGCUCUCCCCAGCCCAGGAAAGGGUGCACGGACAGACCUGUUCCCCCCUCCGGCAGCCCCAGUGAUGCUUGGUCACCAGCGGGCACCGUGCCCGGAGCCUUGGGCAUGGAGGACCCUCAUGGGAGCUGGUGAUGUGAUUGCCCAGCAGCUGGUGGAGCAGCGGGGACUGCAGGGGCACCAGGGCGCCCGCACCAUGAAGAUGAUGGCCAUUGGCUUCUGCUUUGUGGGCCCCGUCGUGGGCGGCUGGUACAGGAUCCUGGAUCGGCUCGUCCCGGGGGCCACCAAAGUGGUGGCCGCGAAGAAGAUGGUCCUGGACCAGGGGGGCUUCGCGCCGUGCUUCCUCGGCUGCUUCCUUGCCAUCACGGGGGCCAUGAACGGUCUGUCGGUGGAGGAGAACUGGUCCAAGAUCCAGCAGGACUACACGGAUGCCCUGCUGACCAACUACUGCAUCUGGCCGCCGGUGCAAUUGGCAAACUUCUACUUGGUGCCCCUGCAGCACAGGCUGGCCGUCGUCCAGUGCGUCGCCAUCGUCUGGAACUGCUACCUCUCCUGGAAAGCAAAUCGGAUGUGAGGGGGAGCCGUGUCCCCCUUGGCUCUGCCCGGUCUCCGCAGCCCCUGGAACCGGCCCCCGUGGCUGCGGGCAGAGACGGGAUGAGCAGGGUCCCGCAGCAGCCGCCCCGUCCCACUCGCUCCUCGGGGACCUCGUCCUGCAGCUACGGCUGUCACUGCCCCAGGGACACACGGGGGAGGUGGCGGUGACGGGUCCACCUUGAGACAGGAGGGAGCUUGGGGCUGCUCCAGGCCCAGCAGCUCUGCCCCUCGAGGUGCUCCUCCGUCCGGGAUCACUCCUCUCCCCGGCCCGUGGCCCCACACAGCGUGUUCCCGCUGCGGCGUCGCUCUGCCCUUCCCCGGCGUGGAUCCUGGAGGGCGAGGGGCCGGAGUGGUGGGUGCCGGUGGUGCUGGAGGUUGGGCACUGCCCAGCUCAGUGCCCAGCUGGUGCUGCCUGCCCCACUGCCUGCCCCACUGCCUGCUGCAGUUCGGGUGCGCUGCCCCCCAAAAUGGAUUUCUCUCUGCUGUGGACAGUUGUAGCACCCAAUA